AGCCGCAGGACUCUACCUGCCUGACCCAGCGAGGUGACUGAGUGGGCAACGACAACAAAGCCAGGGCGACCGAAGAAAGGCCCAAGACAUUCGUGUCGCCACGUCCGAGCUCUCUUUAUUUGCUGUUCCUCUGUGUCAGGUAGUUUGCAUGGCAAACUAAUGAAUUAUGAGAUCUGCACCAAUGACAGUGUUCUCUUGGAUAGUAGCUCACAGCCCAAUUUUGUACAUUUACUCAGAAGUAAAUCUUACAGAGUUUAGUGGGACUUGCUCUCAGAAUGGCCAGCGGUCAGAAGAGCAAUGCGUCCUCCUGUAGUGAACAGGCAGCUGCUUCAGAAAGUUCUCAAGUGAAAAGGUCUCAUAAUUAUGAAGAGGAAAUAUUUUAUAGGAACUGCAGAGCAGCCUACUUAGCUAUCUUUAAGAGCAGCUUAGAAAACAUUAAAUCAAAAGAACAACUGUGUUUAGUACUUCAGCAAGCAGGAAGAAAUCCUUCUUGGCAGACAGUUAAUAAAUACUGGACAUUCCAAACCACCUCACUGAAUUUUGAUGAUUUUUGUUUCAUUUUGAAAAAAGAACCCCCUGUUCAGAAAACAGAGCUACUAAAAACCUUUGCAAAAAUGGAUGCAAAUAAUGAUGGCUAUAUCUUGCAUGGCGAACUUCGUAAUGUUCUUACAACAAAAGGUGAAAAAAUGACUCUUGAUGAAGUUAAUACAAUCACUGAGUUGACUGAAGUGAACAACGAUGGCAAGUUUUACUAUUACAAGUUUUGUAAGUCGUAUAUGGCAACCAAUGAACAAUGUUUGAAGAAUGCAGUAGAGAAACUGGAGGUUGACAGUAAACUGAAGUGCCAGCAGUUUGGAAAUCAAAUUGAGAUAUCACCAGAUUCAAAACCAAAAACUGAAAGAAAAACAGAAACCACACCAGCACUAAAAGGAGGUCCCUGCAAGUCUUCUUUGCAGCCUUCCUUAGCCCCAAGUUGCAAAAUCUCUGUGACAUCCACUAUCAGCAUGGGUGCCAGCAGCAACAAAAAAUCCAAGCUAAUUGAACCAAAUGCAGUAAAGGAAUGGCAUUGUACAUAUUCCAAAGGAUGUUUCUACUUGGAAGAUAAUAAUGACAUAGUUAGUCAUAAAUACAAGUUAUUUUUACCCCAGAGAUCAACAGUAUGUAUCACCAUUAAACCUGUAUGUUUUAGCCAAAUGGAAGGAAAAUGUUCUCCAUGGUUAGCAGUGGACAGUGCUUUGUAUAUUUUAAAGGAAAAUGAAACUGAGGAAAAACUAAACGUUGUGAACUUCACUGAGCUACGAAAUAAAGAGACGUUUGGUUGGAGAGGGGAACUUGGAGCUGGUGUUUAUUGGAUAAUUCCUUUCACCACUGGCUGUAGAUUCAAGAAAAUGAAAAAGCAAAUUGCCAAAGAAGCCAAACUCAUAUAUGAAGAUGGGAAUGGAUGCUUGGCACUUACUAAGGAGUUCAGAGCAGCCUUGUCAGAAAUAUUUGAAAUGAUUGAUCUAGAUGGGAAUGGUUUUCUCAGCCUGGAAGAAUACAACUUCUUUGAAAUGAGAACCUGUGGUGAGACGUGUGAUGAAGAAGCUUGGGUCAUAUGUAAACAGAAUUUUGAAACAAAGAACAAUGAACUUACAAAACAGGGAUUUAUGGAUCUGAAUCUCAUGGAAGCCAGUGACCGAGGAGGGGAUCUUAGUGAUCUUUGGAUUACUUUGAUGUCAAUGGGCUACAAUAAAGCAAUGGAGUUGACAGAGGCAUGUCCUUUUUCUAUUCAUAUCUAUGCAGAAAAGUGCAAACCCAAAAUUAAACCCAUUUGUCUGGAAACAAGUGGCGGGCAACUUAACAAAGCCAUUUGUAUGAAUGUCGUUAAUAAAGGAGAUGCUAAGUCAAUGGAUAACAGUGAAAAUAUAAUUACUUACACAUAUAGAAGUGAUGCACGGAUCACUUCUGUAAUUGAAAACAAGACUGAAGGCAAAACAAUAAUUCACAUCAACAAUGAGAAAAGUAAAAAUUGUGUGAAUAAUAGGGGACUCAAUGCAUUUGCUGUUGAAGUGGCACCCAGAUCCAUGAUGGUUUGUCAGCAUGUGAUGCCACUGAAUGAAGAAGAAGAAUGGAUAUACAACUGUGUUUAUUCUAUUUUAUCUUAAGCUAUCAUAGUUACAGGGUGUGGGCUCACAAUCAAUAGAAAGGAGAAUCCCACACAGACAAUGGUGUGACCCUGCCAAGCCUUGGAAUGGGAUUAUUAGUUUCCAGAUCACUGUACCUCAGAAGUCUUGUGCUAUAGUGCAGUUGUCCUGGGUGCUGAGGUCUGAAGGAAGUGAGUAGGAAACUGAUCAUCCAUGCCUGAAAACAGUAAAAACAGAGGAAAUGUUUUUACCUCUCUGUGCCUUUGUUGUAUGGGGAGAAUGCCCGGGGUGGGGGUGGGGAGUAUGCUUAAAGAAUGUAUGCCUCGUGUGAUGCAUCUCUGGACCUUAAGUUCAGCCACCCAAAGUAUUAUACAGGCUCUGUGCCCUUUGCAGUUUAAAGAGUGUUUGGGGAUGAGAUUGUGAUUAAUUAGAACUGAAGGAAGCAUUUUUCCUAAUCCCACUUCCAUCCCUUUAUCCUUUUAGCUUCAGAAUGGUUGGAGUGUUGGUGAAUUAAGAUUAGGGGCUGCACACAUCAUAGCAUGCCUUUCUCAACCCUAAUUUCACAUCCCACAUUACUAUAAGAACUGUGGGUGACCUUGUUGUGCUGCUCUGCUGAUAGGCACUCAACCUAUUAGAAAAAGUGAAGAAACAGCUUUGGGUCCAGUCUUGUACUACUCUUUAAUAUGUGAAUUACCCGAUAAAUCUAAAUUUUGAAAAUUGAUAAUCUGCCCUUUCUUUUGAAUAGGCAUUGGGCUCUUGUGGUUCCAUUCAUUUUACUUUCAUGUGUCUGUAUGACAAACCAUUGCCUGUUUGUGUCUUUCUGUACCGUUUCCCAUAACUGCCUGUCAUAACCAAGAGAGUGUAGCCUUUUCGCCCAAUCCAAACAUCUCAUUUGUUAUGUAUUUCUGUGUAUCAUGGCAGACAGCGAUGUUUAAUAUGAAGAUGACAGUUCAGAUCACUUUUUCUCAGUUCUGAUGAAAAACUGGGUCGAGCUCUCUGAUUGCUGAAUCCCUACAAUCAGCAGGCUGUGAAGCUUUCUCUUUGGGCAUGGCAACUGUCAAUCAUGCCUUCAUAAUCUAGAGUCUUUAUUAUUGCUGAUCAUUCCACCCUUCACUUCUCUUGAAGACUGUACAGAGACUCUAGCUAGUGCAAGAAUGCAUGGGUCCAUCACAUUCUCAGCCUUAUGGGACUUCAGCGACAUGUCAUCUGCACUGCCUUCCUGAAUAUGCUCGUUUCAAUCUACAAAGACCGUGGUAACUUCCAUAUCUCAAAGACUCUCAUCUGCAUAUUGCAUUCCGAAAUCUAAUCUAUACUACUGUAUGUCAGUGUUCCGUGCACCUUGGUGUUUAGUCAUGCCGGCCACAUGACCACAGAAACGUCUU